AUGGCUGGCCUUUGCCUUCUUGAAACCCUUCCCGAUGAGAUCUUUCUUCAUAUUCUUUCUUUCCUAGAUUCGCACGAUGUCGUUAACCUCCAAAUCCUCUCGAAACACUUUCUAGGUUUAUGCCGAGAUGGUAACUUGUGGCGAAAUCGAUGUCUAUCUGCCUCCGCUGUCCGUGAACGUAUCCGACUCUAUCGAUGGGGAUCAGACUGGAUUGACGAGGAUGGUACUACACUAAGUGGUGCGCUUACGGCGCUUGGAGAAGGAAACCAAAUUGAAAAUCAAAAUGAAAUGCACUGGAGCCUGGCUGAAAGUCUAUCCCAAUUGGCUUCGAAGAAGAGGGAGCGGGAACAAAUUCGCAUCGCUGCCAAUUGGGACCCGACGUUUCCCAACGAGAACACAAAUUGGUAUAACGAGUAUAUCCAGAGAUAUGGUCCAAUAGCGACUAACUGGUUCGAGCAACCCCAAGUCCGAGACGGUUCCCUGAGAGACUCAAUUGAUAUUAGUGGUGCUGCUGUAUACAGGCCGACCUUGAGCGCGAAUGAACUCUUCGCUGUCUCGCCCCUAGAUGAUGGUUCAGUAUGCUUGUGGGAUGUGAAGGGUACUCGAGCUAAGAAGGGCGCAAUACUAUCCCAAUCAAGCUCGGGUCUCUUGUGCGCUGACGGCCCAGGCGCCGACCUUUCAAAACGCUCAAAGAUGAUUAAUACCGGGGUGACUGAAUGCGUGAGCGUUGAUCACCAAAGACAUAUGGCUUACUUCGCCGUCCAGAGCCACCUGAUCGAAGUUGAUUUAAACACGUUACAAGUAGUGGGGAAUCACCCAUUUGAAUGGUCGAUCACUACGCUUUCGGCAGCUGAAUCUACAGUUCCUCUAACGGUUGGUACACUCCACGGUUUACACUUGCACGAUCGUAGAGCUCGGUCCGAAUGUCGAGGAGAUUAUCAAAUACGAUUAGAUGGGAUUAGUCGGAAAAGAGGUUUAGACUUCUCCCAUGUUUUGGAUCCGAAGCCUCUCGCGCCGUACGCUUCGCUUGCUCAGUCUGGACCCCAGAGCAUUCUCCAUCUUGAACACCCUGGCGAUAAAAGCCAACUAUCGGACGACAUAUUUGUAGCCGGUCGGUUUUCAAACAUAUUACAUUAUGAUCGGCGCAUGUUCCCAGCAAUCCGAGGGUCUAUUCACUCAGGCGCGAAGCUUUGUAGCCUUGCUUCGUUGCCCUAUCCUUUCUCUAGUCUUGAUACCGAUCUGCGUAGGCGCUUCCUGCUUUCGGAAGAGCAGGUUGAAAGGGCUAAGAGCGCCACGGGCGGGAGAACCUUGAUAGCAUGUGGCGAAUAUAACACUAAAGGAUCGUUAGAGCUGUAUGGCCUCUCUUCUAGCAUCGGCAAUCUCCCACAAUCUCGGGUCAUUCAUAAUUCCACGAUGAAGAAUAGGCAGACGGCCUCACAGUCCAAGCUCCUGUCCGUUAUGAACCAUGGCACCCGGAUUGUUUUCUCCGAUGGACAAGGCUAUCUGAAGUGGGCUGAGAGGGACGGCUUCACGGAAGUACGCCGUCACAAAAUCGGCAAAUCUGAACGGGUGGGCCAUCGGUCACUAUUCGGGUCGAUGCCCGGAUCAGACGACAUCGCAAGAAAGAUUAUGUCCACUCGAACAGCCGGACAGGAUGGCGAUGUUCAGGUCAACGAUGACGAUAUAGUCUUCUGGACGGGGGAAAAGCUGGGACUUCUCAGCUUCUCGUCGCAGCCUGGGUUCUCCGCAGAGGAUUUUGAGGAGAACACUAAGACGCCUGAGGAGAUUUCGGCAGAGGAGCAAGAGCAGAUGUACAGCGAGAGGAUGAGGCUAGCCUUAGAACGACAAGCGAGAGACGUUCGGUUCGUGCAGAACCUCGGGGCUGGCAGCAUCCACAACGGGAUCUAA